AAUCACUAUAACAACAACGAAUAUGUAAACAUACAAGAAACCUGAUCCUUUAUCCAUUGAUUACUAAUAAAAUCCAGAAAACCGGAAAAUAUUUAUAUUUUCCAAGAAAAAAUGUAAAAUUAAGUGAAUUUUAGUUGAGAAAACCAACAAGAACUAUGCGCGGCAUAUUAAAGUGGAUAGAUAAAGUUGAAUUCCCCAAUGUGAAGAAUGAAGACAUCAGUGUACAUAGUGUGUGCUAUAGUCCAGAUGGUUCUCAGCUAAUAGUUGCAGCAAGAGAGAGAGUUCUGGUUUAUGAUCCUCAAGAUGGAACGCUGCUAAAUACCUUAAAAGCUCAUAAGGAUGUAGUAAAUUGUUUAUCAUAUGCCAGAGAUGGGAAAAAAUUUGCUAGCGGAGCGGCUGAUAAGACGGUUAUCGUUUGGUCGCCCGAACUGGAGGGUUUACUUAAAUAUUCUCAUGGCGAUUCCGUUCAGUGCAUGAGCUUCAACCCCAUAUCCCACCAUUUAGCCUCUUGUUCCAUCUCGGAUUUUGCCUUUUGGUCGUCGGAUCAAAAAGCUGUUCAAAAGUACAAGAUACAUUCCCGCGUAAAUGCUUGUUGUUGGACCAAUGAUGGACAAUAUCUUAUUAUGGGUCUUGCUAAUGGCUCCAUUACGAUACGCAAUAAAUCUGGUGAAGAAAAAGGACGUAUUGAUCGUCCUGGUGGUAACUCAAGUGCAGUAUAUGGGGUAAAAUGUUGUCCUGCAACCGCGGAACCAAAUUCCGAUAUCAUAGCUGUAGCAGAUUGGAGUCAAACUUUAUCAUUCCACACUCUGAGUGGGCAAAUGGUGGGCAAGGAGAGAUCCAUAGGAUUCGAUGCUUUAUGUCUAACCUACCUACCCAAUGGAGAGUACUGCCUGUUGUCAGGCUGUACUGCAAGCGUACAUUGUUUUACACGAGAAGGAGUUCGACUGGGUACUCUUGGUGAUAACUUGGACAUUUCGUGGAUUUGGUCGGUGGAUGUACAUCCAAAUGGUCAAACUUAUACCAUAGGUUGUCAAAAUGGUACCUUGGCUACCUACACCAUAACAUACUCAACUGUGCACGCUUUGUAUCGCGAACGCUAUGCUUUUCGGGAGCAUAUGUGCGAUGUUAUAAUACAGCAUUUAAUAUCGGGUCAAAAGGUACGAAUAAAAUGUCGUGAUUUGGUUCAAAAAAUUGCAAUAUAUCGUGAAAAGCUGGCAGUGCAGUUACCAGAAAGAGUUGUCCUUUAUGAAUUGAGUUCAUCCUCUGAACAGCCCAUGCAUUAUAAGGUGAAAGAGAAGAUACAAAAGAAAUUCGAUUGCAGCCUCUUAGUUGUGUGUGCACGUCAUAUUGUUUUGUGUCAAGAUCGAAGACUACAAUGUUUGGAUUUCAAUGGUACUUUGCAAAGAGAAUGGCUAAUGGAUUCAUUUAUACGUUACAUUAAAGUUAUUGGAGGUCCAGCUGGUAGAGAAGGUUUAAUGGUUGGACUAAAAAAUGGAAAGGUCUUUCGUAUUUUUUUGGAUAACUCCCUGCCAUUGUUAAUUACAUCAGCAGUUUCAGCAGUCCGCUGUCUGGAUGUUAAUGCAAAUCGUUCCAAAAUAGCUGUAGUUGAUGACGGUGGGCGUUUGGUGGUACGCGACAUCAAUAACGAUGUUCUGCUGUAUCAAGACAGCGGUGUUAAUUCGGUAACUUGGAAUACCCAUUUGGAUUCAAUGUUGUGUUAUACUCACACCACAGGCGGGUUAUCGGUACGAGUUGGAAAUUUACCACCAAGAGCACCACAACAAAUGCUUGGUGUAGUGGUGGGCCUUUGUGGCGCAACUGCAUUUUGUUUGCGCGGCAAUGUUAUGCAUAAUGUGCCAUUAGCCUUAGGAGCCACUAUGUGGCAAUUCAUAGAAGCUGGUCUGUUUGACGAAGCCUACCAAGUAGCCUGUCUGGGUAUUACUGCUGCCGAUUGGGAAGGCUUAGCCAAAUCGGCAUUGGAAGCCUUACAUUUGAAUAUUGCUCGAGAUGCAUAUGUUAAAAUACGUAAUUUGCCUUGGCUGCAGGUUAUAGCCGAUCUAAUGGAGAAGCAAAAACGUGGUCAAUUACCCAAAGAGGUAUUGCAAGCAGAGAUAUGUGCAUUUUCGGGUAAACACAAAGAGGCUGCUAGAUUUUUUGAAAAAUGCAAUAUGGGCCAAAAGGCUUUGGAAAUGUACACCGACUUGAGAAUGUUUGAUUUGGCCCAAGAUUUUAUACGAGAUGGCAGUGCCGAAGAGAAGAAAGCCCUGGUACGCAAGCGUGCAGAAUGGGCAUAUUCUGUUAAAGAACCCAGAGCAGCAGCCGAGUUAUUGCUAAGCGUGGGAGAACAUCAAAAGGCCAUUGAAAUUGUCUCAGAGCAGGGAUGGGCAGAUGUCUUGUACGAUAUUGGACGACGCUUAAGUCAAAGUGAUAAGGAAUCAUUGGAAUUGGUUGCUUAUAACUUAAAACGGCUGAAAGCAUUGCCACUUGCCGCUGAAGUAUUCAAAAAACUAGGCAACGAAGCAGAAGUCGUUCAGUUGCACGUAGAGGCUCAUGAUUGGUCAGAGGCUUUUUUAUUGGCUGCGGAUAUGCCAGAGCUCUUGCCGAUUGUUCACUACCAGCAUGCCCAGUGGUUAGCAGAAAACGAUAAAUUUAUAGAAGCCCACGAGGCCUAUUUAAAAGCGGGUCGUAUUAAGGAUGCCAAUAGACUGCUAAAGCAUUUGAGCAAUUCAGCAAUAGAAGAGGAACGUUUUUCGGAUGCCAGUUACUUUUACUGGUUACUCUCCAAGCAGUAUUUGGAUAUAUAUUAUGAGAAGGAAUCUCAAAAUCCCAUCGAUUUUCAUUUGAAGGAAUAUCAUGCACAUUUACGAAUAGCUAAAAUUUACUACGCUUACAGUGUGGUUUAUAAUUAUAUGAAAGAACCUUUUACAACAUAUUCGCCUGUGAGUUUAUUUAAUGUAUCCAGAUUUAUACUCAAUGAGGUGGAGUACAAAGGAGCCCCAAAAGGCGUUAGUAUGUUUGCUGUUCUCUUUACUUUGGCCAAGCAAUCGAAAUUUUUGCAGGCGAACAAAUUGUGUCUGGUGGUCAAUAAGAGGCUGCAAUCCCUUAAACCACCAGCUGGAGUUCAAGAACAAAUUGAUAUCAACUAUUUAAACAGCAAAGCAUGUAAAAGUGGCUUCAAUGACCCCGAAGAGACCUUACCCUUGUGCUAUAAAUGCUCAAAUUACAGUCAACAUUUGAAUGCAAAUGCUUGCCCCACCUGUAGACAGGAUUAUAUUUUCUCUUUUAUAUCAUUCGAAAUUUUACCCCUAGUUCAAUUUUAUCCUGAAAUGGAUAUAACGGAUAGUGAAGCCGAACGAUUGUUGUUGGCGCCACCCAAAUCAAACGAGGACCAAGAUCCUUUUAAUGAGGAUACUGCAAGUGCCUUACCUCUAAGUUUAGAUCGUAGUGCCUUACGAGCUAUAGAUCCCAAUCAUGUGCUGAUUUUAAAACGCCGUGCACAACCUAAUAGUAAAUUUAUAUUCUACCGCAAUAUAUUGCCUGAUCUCCAGAUUACCUAUUGCCCCGAAUGUCUGUUGGUUUUCUAUGCCGAAGACUUCGAAUUGCAAGUUUUGCAAAAAGGAUUUUGCCCUUUUUGUCGCACGGUAUCUGACAAACUAUUCGAAGAGUAUUAACAAAACUAAAAUUAAUAGUGUAAAUUAUUUAUUUAUUUAUUUUUCUAAAUGUGUCGUUUUUUUAUAAAAAAAAAUAAAGAAUGUUUUACUACUUCUA